CAAGAGCCUCGGUGAAACAAAACCACUUUAAAGCGUUCACCGGAUAAAAAGAACAUGCCGACGAACAAAACACCCUCCCUCACCAUCUUUCUAACCUCCCUCGGUUUACUUUGGUUCGGUUCAUUUAGCGGUUUAGAAGCAACGACCGGAAAAUUAGCUUCGAUUCCGGGAGUAUACGUGUUCGGAGAUUCAUUGGUUGAUGCCGGAAACAAUAACUACUUAGCAAUUUCCAUAUCCAAAGCUAAUUAUCCACGUAACGGUGUUGAUUUUCCUGACAAGAAAGCCACCGGAAGAUUUUGUAACGGCAAAAACGCCGCCGAUGCUAUCGCUGAGAAAUUUGGUUUACCCUUACCGCCUCCGUAUCUAUCACUAAAAGUCCCAUUUAAAGAAAAGGAGAGAAAAUCCGCUGCCGUGACUGGUGUGAACUUUGCUUCUGGUGGAGCCGGUAUCUUCAACGGUUCCGAUCAAAAACUUAGGCAAUCUAUUCCUUUAUCACACCAAGUGAACAAUUGGCUAGACAUUCAUAAAGAACUCACGAUUCAGCUUGGACCAUCCGAAGCAAAAAGACACCUAUCCAAAUCUCUAUUCUUCGUUGUAGUAGGAAGCAACGAUCUUUUCGACUAUUUUGGAUCGUUCAAACUUCGACAAAAGACCAAUCCUCAACAAUAUACACAAUCAAUGGCUGAUAAGCUCAAAGAGCAACUGAAGAGAGUUCACGAUACUGGAGCACGUAGAUUCCUUAUAUUAGGUGUAGCACAGAUUGGUUGCACACCUGGACUUAGAGUGAAGAACUCGACGAUGCAUGAAUGUGACGAAGAGUCUAACAUGUGGUGUUCUAUGUACAACGACGCUCUAGUAAAGAUGUUGCAACAACUUAAACAAGAGUUGCAAAGCUCAUUGACUUACACUUACUUUGAUAACUUCAAGUCCGUCCAUGACAUUAUCACCAAACCUGCUCGUUACGGUUUUGCUAACGUCACAUCAGCGUGUUGUGGAAGUGGCAAUUUAAAUGCGGACUCUCCUUGUUUUCCCGUAUCAAACUUAUGUUCAGACAGAACCAAGUAUCUCUUUUGGGAUCGCUACGGUCAUCCCACGGAAGCUGCUGCUCGGACCAUCGUCGAUUUUAUGUUAUCUGAUGAUUCCCAAUACUCAUCUCCUUUAACCCUGACUCAGCUUGUCUCUUCAUGAUUAUUACCCUUUAGAAAUCAGCUUUGGAGAAUCUAUUUCUAAUCAAGUGUAGGGGUUAAAUCUGUUAAGAACAUUUCCAACCUAUUGUUAUUUUUUUCUCUAUUAUGACAUAUAAAAGCAAUUUCAUUUUAACCCAUUGCUAUUUC